UUUCUCUCUGUUCCUCUUCGUCUUUUUCGUCCACUGCAACACUGUGCCCUCUGUGUCGUUCGUUACUCUCUCACGAAGCCUUCGUCAAUGGCGAACAACAACGCAUUUUGAGCUUCCGAGUCAAACUAGCUCACUGAGUCAAACCACCGAGUCGAGCACGCGUUGUGAUCUUCCACUAUGUUGGACAGUGUACUCGGCAAAGGCUUCGCCGCCAAAUGCAAGUCGUUGAUCAAAUUGACUAAGAGCCGGAUCGAUGUGAUAAGGAGGAAGAGGAAGGCGACAGAGAAGUUUCUCAAGAAAGAUAUUGCUGAUCUGCUACUCGAUGGUCUAGAUACCAAUGCCUAUGGAAGGGCUGAAGGACUCGUGGUUGAGCUGACGCUGUCGUCUUGUUAUGGAUUUGUUGAGAAAGCAUGUGAGUUGGUGUUGAAGCACCUUUCAGUGAUGCAGAAGCUCAGCGGCUGCCCUGAGGAAUGUAGAGUAGCAGUAUCGUCUCUAAUGUUUGCUGCUGCAAGAUUUUCUGAUUUACCUGAGUUACGUGACCUUAGGAAAAUAUUUCAGGAGAGAUAUGGAAAUUCCUUUGAAUGUCAUGUGAAUCAAGAGUUUGCUGCAAAUUUAAACUCCAAUUCUUCUACAUUGGAGAAGAAAAUCUGCUUGAUGGAGGGAAUUGCAUCAGAGUUUUCAAUAAACUGGGAUUCCAAUGCUUUUAAACUGAGGAUGUUGAAGUCCUCUUCAUUCGCACAGGAUCAUACCCAAAAGGGAGUAAAUAAUGAUGUUUUGUUAGAGAAAAGUCCUGACCAUGCCAAUGUUGGGUACAAAUUUCAGAAUGGCAAGGAAGCGAUUAUCUUAAACAAAGAUGAUCAUAAUCUUCAGUCUAAGCCUAUGAUCCCUGGAAAUGUAUUCAAGCCACUGAAUGGUUUUGAACUUCUUCGGAAAAGGGAUGGCCAUGAUAAUCCAUUGACAGGAAGGCAAGAGGUUACUGCCAAGAAGAGUGAUGGUGCCCAUUGGAAAGAGGGUAGUAUGCUAAAGCCACUGAAUGGUUUUGAACUCCUUCGGAAAAGGGAUGGCCAUGAUAAUCCAUUGAUAGGAAGGCAAGAGGUUACUGCCAAGCAGAGUGAUGGUGCCCAUUGGAAAGAGGGUAGUAUGCUAAAACCAACUGGACGUUCAUCUCAGGAGAAAACAGUGGAAAAUUUGGAAGUUGGCUCCAAGAUGCACGAUAGUUGCCUUCUGAGAGAAACCCUGGACUCUACAACAACUAGGAAGUCUCCUAGUCAUACAUGUUUCAGGAGUAAUGUGAACGAGUCAUUUGCUGUUAAUCAUGUUGGCCUACCUGAUACUGAUAAUUCUGAGAGAAAAGUUCAAAAGGAGAAAAUGCCCACACUAAAGCCUUGCUACAGUAAUGGUAUUCCAUCUGAUAUUGAUAAAUCUGAGAGUAUAGUUCAAAAGGAUAAAACACCUACACCAAAGCCUUGCUACGGUAAUGGCAUUCCACCUCCAUACUUUAAAUCUAAUUCGAAGCAGCAGAGUAGCAACUGCAUUCCGCCUCCAUAUGUUAAAUCUAAUUCUAAGCAGCAGAGCAGCACACGAGGAACUGAUGUAGUGGUAUCUUCACAUAUUGACAGUGGUGCCAUCUCAACAUAUUAUUCAGCAAAUGAAAAGCCUGACCCUACUUCUGUGUCAGAGAGGAUCCAUAUAGGUUUUGAUAAAUCUUACCAGGAUGAGCAGGCCAGUAAACAUGAGAAUCUGAGCAAACAGGGUCAUGAAAAGGAAUACUCCAUUUGUGAAGAUGCUAAAGAAGUCCGUUUGGCAAAACCAAAAUCUACGAGGAGGAAGCACUCAAGGUCACGAUCUAAACACUAUGAUGCCGCUAAUGAAGAUACUGCAAUUGUGAGAAAAUCAAGGAGCAGAAGCAGGAGAAGAGAUGAAUCAAGAAGUGGGUUCCAAAUGCUGUUUGAUGAUGAGCGGCAUCAAAAUGCCGAGGAAAAGAUAAUAGAUAAAUUACUUAGCCAUUAUAGCAGAAAACCAUCCAUUCUAGUGCCUGAAAAGGUUAGAAAAAAGCCAAACAGUGACCAUGCACAUCUAAUGGAUAACUCAACCAAGGAAUUACUGCAGAAUAGAAUCAGUGAUGGAUCUGAUAAGCCACCAGAGAUGGCUACUCUUGCACUGCGAUCAGUUUCUCUUCCUCGUGAACAACCUAGAGCAGUUGAAGUUAAGAAAGAAUUUACCCGUGCAGCUUCUUUUCAGCCAGAUACAUCAAAGGACGCUCAGCAUGUGCAUCCCAAAUUACCCGACUAUGAUGAUUUGGCCGCAAGGUUUGCAGCCUUGAGAGGAAAGUAAAGGAUAGAAACACAAUGAACAAAUGCUCCUCUUUUAUCAGCAUGUUUGCACUCGUUAUAAUCUUGGUGCUUUAACCUCAUAUUGUUAGUGCCUACCUGCUAUUGUUGAAGAUUGCAUGGUGAUGCUUUUAUUGCAAGUUGCUAUCUACUUCGGAGCUGUCCAAGUCAUCAUAGAUGGUCCUGUCUGUGCUGUUUUUUUUGGUCAAAUCCUGUCUGCGGUUUGACAAUAGUAAAUCUUCCAUCUUCAUACUGAUGCCACUAGAGGUUGUUACACGGAACUUUGAUUCAAAUUUUGCCUUAUGAUAGUAAAUAAGUUUGUAAUAAAAAUUGAUGAUUUCCUCACUCUCUUUGGUUUGAUGAUAAAAUAUGUUGAGAAUGGCACUAUAUGUUUUCAGAGCU